AUGAUUUGCAACUACACAAAUAUCUUAAAAGAGCGGACAAAAAACAAGUGAUUAAUGAAUAAAGUGCAAAAGGCCAACACAUAGAAAAGCCCAUCAAAGUACGAAUAAGUAUGAAGAAAUGCAUAGAAAUUCCAAUGCGCAGAAGUGCAAACUUUGCAAACUUUACGGUCCAAUUUUGUGAGUGCAGCGAUUGUAAUCCAUUGUUAGUGAUGAUUAUGGAUUCAUUGUACUUGUAAGGCUUUGGAACAACGUGAUAAAGUACAUAGUAUAUAAAGUAGAAACGAAGUUCCAGGUAAAGAAAAAUUACAAACGCGUUUAACAUAAUAAACCGUUACUUGCAUAAAUUAAUUAAAUAAAAGUGCAAUAUAAAUAUACACCUACCUACGUAUUAUAAAGCAAUUAUAUAUGCUUGUCUGUUAUAUUCGUUUUAAACGAUUUUAAUCAAAGUGUAAAUACAUAGAGGAAGUAAACUGCAUUCAAAGUGCGAAGAGAAAUCUGUAGUUUAAUUAAAAAAAAAAAAAAAAUGUUAACACUAUUGAGUGAAUGCCAUUUUUGGUCUCUACGUGAGGAUAUACGAAUAAAAAAAAGUGAUUAUGGAGCCUUUCGGUAUACACGCAAUCGUGAAUGGCAAAAUACGCAACAUGAUCUGAUCGCGGAAUCUAAGCGCGAUUAUACUGAGCGUCGUAAUGGUUUGGCGGUAUUGAAGAACUCACGCAAGUCCACCGGCCGUUUAAAGGAUAAUAUAAAACGUUUAGAGGAUUUGAUGCGCAAUCAUAAAGUCGCUCACAUUCAUUGGAGUGAUGCUGCGCAAGUACUAUUACUUUUCUCCAAUGGUAUUAUCGCCCAUAUCUGCAUAGAUAGCUUUACAGGAGAUAUACUACGCAUGGUCUAUGAAAAAUACUUGGUUGGCAAAUUAGCUGCUGAUAUCGUAACUGACGCAUUUUUCAGUCGCUCCCAUAUAGUAUUGGCGUACAAUACCAAUCAAAUAACAGUUGUUCAUUUACACAAGCCCAAUAUAAGGCCACAAGGGCCGGAGAAAAUCUCAAAUAUGGAACCGAAAAUUUUUCAUGCUUUAAUACCGGGAGUAGCGGAAAGAAAACUAGCGAGAAAUUUAAGCGUUAACAAUAAUGCAGAUAUGUUUCUUAUAUGGACUAAAUCAUCUCAAAACGAAGUAUUUCCUUGGCGACCAACAAUACGAGAUCAAGAUCGCGCUAACAUACAUGUUUUUAAAUUGAAAGGAAAUCAAUUGGAUUUCUUUGCCUAUUGUUGGUCUGAAAAUGAUCCGUUACAAGUGGAUUUCGUGCGUACCACAGCUAAUCAAAUCUUGACAUUAGAGCAGAAAAUAUCGCGGAAAGGUGAAAUUUCAGCGGAAAUAUGUACAUACGACAUAGUUGUGGGGAAAAUGCAACGCGGCCCCUUAUCUUCCAUACCAAUGGAUACGCAAAUCACUUGUUUUGGUUUCAGUCCCGAUCAAGAGAAAUUGUUUUUAGGUAGUGCUGGACGGAGUAUAUGUUUGCAUGAUUUGGUUUUGCAAACCACAAAAUCGAUAGCGCAAAUUGACAUUAUACCUACACAAUGCUCAUGGCAUAGUGAUUCCAGCCUAGUUAUGAUAGCUAAUACCCGCUCACAAUUUCAAUGUUUCGAUCUGGCAUUAACCCCUAUCGGCAGUCAAUUGCAAAGCGACGAUGUUACUCCAGCAAGUCUUUUGGAUUUAUCGUAUUAUUUCAUUCAUCAACCAACUUUGCUGCAAAUAUCAUUUAGUAAAAAACCGGAGUUGGGGCAGCAUCCUAAUCAUAAAUACGCGACCACAGAUUGCUUCCUUAUUCUGCUUUACGAUAAUGGUCCUUUGGGCUGCUUAAGAUUCUUCGCUGGUGCAGGUAUACGCGGUGACAUACACAAUUCCGGCUUAACUGCCGAUGUUAUAUUAGGCAAAUACUUAUCCCUAAAUCAAUUGGAGAAGGCAGUUAAUUUAAUGAAUGCCUUAAACUGGGAAACUUACGGAGCCAUGUGCCUGAUCUCAUUGCAUAAAAUAGCGAAUUAUGUUUUUUAUCGCGCCGAUCCGAAAAAGAGUAAAACAAUAGAAUUGAUGGGUAAGGCUUUGAAAACGUUUACAGACGCAUUGAGUGAAGAAACCAAAGAUGAAUUUAGUGACCAGGUCUUUGAUUUAAAAAGAAGAUUUUUCUUUUAUCUUCUGCGGCGUAAUUUCUUCGUUGAAGCCUUUGAAGUAGCCCAGGAUAUUGAAGAUUAUGAUCUAUUCAUGGAUCUUUAUAAUUUAACUAAAACGGAUUCAAACCUUAUAGAAUUCUCUACUGCCGCUUUUAGUCAAGCGGCAGCUAUCUUGCACGAAGAGGAUCGGGCCAAUGGGAAUCUAAGUAUAGCCGGUGACUAUCGCUCAGAAUCGGCGUGUUCUCAGUCUUCGAUUUCAGAUAUUGCUCCAAAUAGUAAAUUGCAACAGCAACAACUACAGCAUCAAAAAUUUUUGAAAAGUUACAUUCCACCUCUGCCUUCUUUCAAGUCGAAGGUGUUUAGUGCUGAAACUAUAAAAAUAAAUAUACCCAAACCGGAAUUACGAAGUCCUGACAAUGGUAAACAGCAAACCGAGGAACGCCAAAGAGCUCCACCUCCUCCUGUGCCAGAUAAAAAACAAGUAACAUUGAACUCAACAUUAAUAACUACUACCUCAGGCGCAGCCUUGGCUAGUAAUCUUGUUAGCUCAACAAUAAAGGGAAAUGAGACACAGCAAACGAACGGAAAUAGUAAUGACAGUGCCACGUUCAAGCAAAGGUCAGCGGACUGUACCCUUUCGAUUAAUACAAGUUCACCUUAUCUGCAAUCACCGCCAAAUAACAUAGUAAUUAGACCCAAUGUAAACAAUAUUCCAAAUCACCUGCCCGCCGGUUACCUGCACAUAGCUACUCCAGUAAUCGUUGCCGACCAAGCUGCUUUAGCCACCCAUCGCAAUUAUCAGCAACCGCAACAAUUGCCGAUUCUAACUAUACCCUCGUACCAACCAAGAUUUUUUCAACAUCCCCUCGUAUCAGGUCACAUACCACCUACGCCAAUUGCUUCUUUAGCCGCCCACAGUAAUUCCAAUGAAGAAUAUCAAAAAUCGUUGCUUAGUAAAAAACCGUCAGCUUCGAUUUUAGCUAACGGCUCGAUGAACCAAAACGGUGGCAGUAAUUCAUCUGUUCUAACUCAGUCCAGUAGUCUCUUGAAUGGCAUUAAAGAAGGCAACAAAAAUGUUACAGGCGAAAAAAAUAAAGUGAAAUUUUCCGACACCGUCCAAGUGGCUGUUGUACCAGCGUCUGUUCCAUUGCAGGAGAUACCCCGCAAAGAGAAAACAUUGAUAAUGAAACGGAAUGCUUAUGCUAGACCUCCUCCAACCCCUUCCCGCAAUUACACUAAUCCUAAAAAAGAGUUGGCCGACAGUUUACCGCUUUGCCAUCCCAAUGAUGACUACUUAAAGGAUUUCAAUCCUCUGCCAACAGCUGAAAUAGCAAGAACAUCAGCCAUGCUUAGAACAAACAUAAAUGAUGAGCAAAUUUUCUGCACUACUAAACCUACUAACACAACAAUUAGUACAACAACAACAACAACAGCACAACUCCCAACUGUAAAAGUAGUACACUUUGGUGUAGUUUAACACAAAGGCUAACGAAAUUCUUUAUAAAACAAUCUAAUAAUUUGCAACGUCUUCCAAUUUAAUUAUAAUAAUUAACAAUUGCCGUC